UGGGAAAGGGAAGUGAGAGAUAUAGAAGGAAUAUAAUACAUAGAAAGUAUAUAGUACGUGAUUAAUAGAUUUUCAAGAAGCAACGAUGAUUAAGGAUAGUUGAGCCCACAAUGGUCCAUUGUUGGCUGCGGACUAGGUGAUAAUGAGUUGUACAGACAAUGAAACUCAACAGUAUGACAGUGAAACUAGGUGGGGGAGGGACACAGAGAGGAGGGAGGCAAGGAUUACUUUAAGUUAGAGUAAUCAAUAUUCAUACCGCCACGUUGAAAGCUGUCCAAGUGAAAUAUGUGGCGCUGUUCCUCCAAUUUGCAUCUAGCCUCACUCUGACAAUGGAGGAGACCCAGGACAGAAAGGUCAGACAUUUAGGAUUAGGCUGUGAAAUUUCUUCACUCAAUGUGGUGAACCUGCAGAGUUGUCUAUCUGGAAGGCAGUGCAGUCACUGAUUACAUUUAAAAAGGUAAUUAGAUUUCUAGGCACCAAGCACAUCAUCGGGUGGGGAGAGUAGAGAAUCAUGGUCUUGAGAUCAAAGAUCAGUUAUGAUUGUAUUAAAUAGCACAGCUGGCUUGAAUGGCAUCACUGCUCCAAAUUUUCUAUGUUCUUCUGUUUUAGGCAGGAGUAGAAACAACUUUGCCAAGGCAAAUCCUACAAGUAGCUUUAGUUUUAGUUUUAGUUUAGAGAUAUAGCGCGGAAACAGGCCCUUCUUCCCAUCAAGUCUGCACUGACCAGCGAUCCCCGCACACUAACACUAUCCUACACACACUAGGGACAAUUUACAUUUAUAUCAAGCCAAUUAGCCUACAAACCUGUGCGUCUUUGGAGUGUGGGAGGAAACCAAAAAUCUCGGAGAAAACCUAUGCAGACACGGGGAGAACGUACAAACUCCGUACAGACAAGCACCCGUAGUUAGGAUCGAUUCCGAGUAUCUGGCGCUGUGAGGCAGUAGCUCUACCACUACGCCACUGUGCCACUCUCAAAAUAGUGAUACAAGAUCUAACAUUUAUAUUCAACCAGCCACUGGAACUUCAGUUUAAAAACUUGGAACCACUCCCAGUCAUAUACAUACAAGAAAACUUCCAAUGCUUUGUUUAUAUAGACUGAUCACAAUUAUUUAUAUUUGUACGACUACUAUAAAAAUUUCAUCCAUUCAUUGGGGUAUAUUUGACCUUUCAGUGUAUUACUGUUUUAUCAGCAUAUUAGUUUUUGGUUACCAGAUUGAGUCGUUACCUUAUUGGUUACCUUGAUGUUUUGAGGGCAUUGAUGACACUUGUGAUGCUGCACAGUAACUAACAUAAUUAAACAGUGGUACACCAGUGGUAUUUCUGGUCAGCAGUUCAGCUAGGAAUUUUAAACCAAAGCCCAUGGGAUACUUCUUUGUCAAUCCUUUGCCUUAUCACAGACAGUAUUUGGCAAAACAAAAGAUCUGCAAGGAAUUAUUCAUUUACGGAGUGCAGGAUGGAUAAGCUGCUUGACUUACUUUGGAGAAAUGAAAAUGGCUUCUACUUCAGCUGUUGGUAAUUUAAAAGAAGAAUUAAAUUGUUCAAUUUGCUGGAAUAUAUACACCGAACCAGUUUCACUGUCCUGUGGGCACAACUUCUGUCGUAGUUGUAUUGAAAAGAACUGGGACAAAAAAGAUACUGGGCCAGGGUAUUCCUGCCCAGAGUGUCGUGCAGAGUAUGCUCAGAAACCUAUACUACACAAAAAUUUGAAACUAAGUAACAUAAUAGAACGUUUUGAAGCCACCCAGAUGAACGAAGAACCACCUAAAAUCUUCUGUGAUUUCUGUUUGGAUAGUCCUCUCCCUGCAGUGAAGACAUGUAUGAACUGUGAAGCCUCUUUAUGUGAACAUCACUUGAGGAAGCACUCUGAGAAAGCUGCUCAGAAAAACCACCUACUGAUUGAGCCUGCAAGUUCACUGGAAGACAGAAAAUGUUCUGAUCAUGAGAAACUAAUUGAAUAUUACUGCUUAGAUGACCAUUCCUGUAUCUGUGUGACAUGCUAUGUUGCUGGACCACAUAAGAACCAUGACAUACGCAUUUUAAAAGACAUACACAAUGAGACAAAGGCCAGCCUUUCCGAGAAACUGGAGAAUCUGCAGAGCUGCAGACUAACCUUAGAGGAAGCUACAAAAGAAUUGCAAGGAACUGAAGUGAACUUAAAGAAAGACAGUGCUAUUUUGAGGAAACAAAUUUCAGACUUGUUUCAAGAAAUUAGAAUGCUAUUAACCAAGCAAGAAAAGCAAAUCUUGGACACAGUUAUAACAGAGAAAAACAUAAACCUUUCAAAAGUCUUGAAGAAGAUCCAAGAAUUAGAAAUUAAAAGAGAAGUUAUUACUCAUCUUAUUCAGGAAGUCCAAGACCUGAAAAAUCAGAAAGACCCGCUGUUCUUUAUUAAGGAUUUCAAGUCUACUUAUGAAAGGAUUUCCAACAACAAUACUGAAGUAGAAACACUCAGGGUUUCCUGGAAGAAGCUUGAUGAGUCUACAAUAUCGACCAUUAAACAAGAAACUAAACGGAUUUUUGAGAUGUUAAACACACUAAUUUUUGAUCACCCUGUUCAUUCAAAUGAUGAAGUAUCGGAAGAAAGAGUUCCAUUGGAAGAUGAAAACGAGGAGGAUAAUUUGCCAGACUCCAUGAAACCCACAGGUACCACUGGAGAGGUCAGAAGAACACAGUAUACAUCUCUGUUUUGCAAAGAUGUGCCAGUCCGAUUAGUGCUGGAGAAGCCAGCUAGAUCAAGCAUGAAGAUAACUACCAGAGGAGUUCAAGAGUCAUCACGGUCCCCUGUGCUGCAGGAGCGUUCAAUGCAACUGGCCACCUCAGAACAGGCAGUUGUGGCACAGUUGGUGGAGGAGACAGUAUCCAGACCAUCUGCAAGGCUACGUAGGUGUCACCAGAUGCAAGUUGUAAUGCCACAGGAUCUGCUUGAUCUGAAUAUUCAGGCUCUGUUCUUGGGGCUACAAGAGGCUAAGAAUGCAAUCAGUGGGGACCUACAAGCUGCCGUGGCUGAUCUCGAAGCCCACAUGCAUGCGAAUUUCACUGAUAUGCAUGGAGCUGAACCAUUUAAUGUGGCAAAGCUGCAAGCUACAAACCAGUCUGGUGCAACGGACAUGCAUGCAACCAUUCUUGCAGAACUGCAUAAUGUUUUGCAGGCUGGAAUGACAGACCAUUUGAGUGCCCUAAAGAUUGGGCUUGCAGAGAUCCAAAAAGCACUUCAGGUGGACAUGGCCAAUAUAUGGAAUACUAUCCAUAGUGGCCUGAAGCAGAUCAAUACAAAUCUGCAAGACAUGCACACAGCAUUGCAAAAAAGCUUAGGUGGAAUUAGUGAGGAUAUUAGUUCCAUGGUUAGCCUUGUAACUGAGGAGGUUUUGGAACAAGCUUACUGCUCCAGUCAGUUCAUUGCAGAAACUAACUUUUCAUAUUCCGAGAUGGAAAGUAAUCCAUAUUCAGGAGUUAGUGGCUUUGAAGUUCCAAUUCUUAGGGAUCUUUGCCUUUCUGCAGAAGAUAUAUACACAGCCCAUCCUUCCACUAGUAGUGCCAGAAUUAGCACCAGACCAGUGGAGAUAGUUACAUUUGCGGAGAAGCAGUACAUGGCCAAUAUGUGAUGAAGGAAUAAAAUUUCUGGUUCAUUAUCCUUAAAAACACUUACCAUCAUAUUAAAAUUUACUUCUCACGUUUUCCCUUUUCUUGUGCUGUG